UGGAGGUGAAAUAUUAGCACAGAGAGUGAGCCCCAGGGAAGGUGCAUCGUGGAGGUUGGUUCAGGUGGACCGCAAGAGUGUUUGGUCCCUGUGCGUAAUAUUGAGCUGCUGCAUUUAAACGAAGAAGAAAGCAAAAACUGUUUACAUCAGUUUCUCAUGUCCGCAUGAGGUGUUCAUUAUGUGGUUGAAGCCUGAAGAAGUACUGCUGAAAAAUGCUCUCAAGCUCUGGGUGACGGAGAAAUCCAAUUCUUACUUCAUUUUACAGCGCAGGAGGAGACAGGGAGACAGCGGCGGAAAACUCUCCGGUCUCCUGGUGGGUGCUUUAGAUGCUGUGCUCGAUUCCAACGCCCGUGUUGCACCAUUCCGCAUUUUGCAUCAGAUGCCAGGGUCACAAGUGUACUGGGUCAUUGCCUGUGGAACCACCGUAGAAGAAAUUCAUCAACACUGGGAAUGGUUAGAACAGAAUCUUCUGCACACUCUUUCAGUAUUUGACAACAAAGAUGAUGUUAUCAGCUUUGUUCAUGGUAAAGUAAAGGGGCUUAUAGCGGAAGAAACCAGAAGCAAGUUGGCAGAACAAGAGGAAGACCCUGAGAAAUUCCGUGAGGCUUUGGUAAAAUUUGAAACGAGGUUUAAUUUCCCAGACUUGGAAAAACUGGUGACCUAUUAUUCAUGUUGUUGCUGGAAAGGGCGGGUUCCUCGACAAGGUUGGAUUUAUCUCAGCAUCAACCAUCUCUGUUUCUAUUCAUUUCUGCUCGGCAAAGAAGUGAAACUCGUUAUCCCCUGGGCUGAUGUGAAGAAGCUAGAAAGAACCUCAAACACACUCAUCACAGAAAUAAUCCGAGUGACUACUCGAAGUAAAGAGCGUGAUUUCUCCAUGUUCCUUAAUAUAGAUGAAACUUUCAGGCUUAUGGAACUGCUGGCAGAUGUGACUAUUCGAAGACUGCUGGACAAUGAGGCAUUUGAAUUGGAUCCAUCUCUACAAGAACCUACACAAAUUACUAAAAAGGAUCUUGAAGCUAGGAUCCAGACUGAAUAUUUCCGGGCUUGUUUCAGACUUCCACGGGUGGAAAAAUUGGACAAGAUAGUGAAUUGUCUCUUGUGGACGCCUUAUAGUCAGUGCCAUACCACUGGGAAGUUGUAUAUUUCUGAAAAUUACAUCUGCUUUGCCAGCAAGGAGGAAGGCAGCUGCAAUGUGAUCAUUCCACUUCAGGAGGUGGUUACUGUGGAGAAAAUGGAGGACACUAGUCUCCUCCCCAAUCCAAUAAUUGUUGGUGUUAAAAGCAAGAGGGUGUUCCAGUUUACAGAGAUUGAAAAUAGAGAGCACUUGGUGGAGCAGCUUAACAAAAGGCUUCAACUUUUAAGAGGGGAAAAGCCCAGUCAUCUUGAAUCAUCUGCGGUUGAAGAAAUGGUUUCCUCGGAUUCUUUGGGAUGUGCCCAAAAGCUCUGUUCAGGUAAUACAGCAAUUGAUUCCCUUGUGGACAAUUCAAAUACCAAAAAAGAACCAAGACAUUCGUUGAAUUCCGAGGCUCUUAUGGCACUUUUCCACCUGACUGAAACUGAGAGUGCAGAUGCCACUCUGGGAAUGGAAGAAGUGAAAAAACGAUUAUGGUAUGAUCAUUUUGUGGAAUACGGCCGCACAGUCAGUAUGUUUCGGACUGAGAAAAUAAGGAAACUGGUUGCAAUGGGUAUUCCAGAGUGUCUACGAGGAGAACUCUGGCUUCUCUUUUCAGAUGCUGUGACUGAUUUAGCUACACAUCCUGAUUACUAUGCUAAUCUGGUGGACGAAUCUAUGGGCAAAUGUUGCAUGGCAACUGAGGAAAUUGAACGUGAUCUGCAUCGUUCUCUGCCUGAACACCCAGCAUUUCAGAGUGACACUGGUAUUGCAGCAUUAAGAAGAGUACUGACAGCAUAUGCAUACAGGAACCCUAAAAUAGGUUAUUGCCAGUCUAUGAAUAUUCUGACCUCUGUCCUAUUAUUAUAUGCCAAGGAGGAAGAAGCCUUUUGGCUGCUGGUAGCUGUCUGUGAGAAAAUGCUCCCAGAUUACUUCAACCGUAGAGUUAUUGGUGCGCAGGUUGAUCAAGCUGUAUUUGAAGAACUUAUCAAAGAGAAUUUACCAGAACUAGCUGAACAUGAGACAGCCUUGUCUUGUUUAGCAUCCAUUUCCCUUUCCUGGUUCCUCACACUGUUCCUCAGUAUUAUACCCCUGGAGAGUGCACUAAAUGUUGUUGACUGCUUCUUCUAUGAUGGAAUAAAGGUGAUCUUCCAGGUGGGCUUGGCUAUUCUAGAUGCCAACACACAACAGCUGUGUCGCUGCCAAGAUGAUGGACAAGCCUUGGUAAUCCUUAGCAGGUUUCUUGAUCAUAUCAGAAACACAGAGAGUCCCUUGCCCCAAAUUGCUCAGCAACAUGUUUCAAGUGAUGAUAAAGAGCCUGUUCAGCAAAUGGAAAUAUCUGAUCUAAUAAGGGAUUCUUAUGAGAAAUUCGGAGAUAUUCAUGUAGGACAAAUCGAGCAAAUGCGCUGCAGACACAGAAUAAGAGUUUUGCAGAAUUUGGAGGAUACCACUAAAGAAAAUGUGCUCAGAGUUGUGGCGACAGAUGUUUCAUUUAGUACUGAAGAUCUUGGAGAACUCUAUGACCUAUUUAAGAGAGAGCAUCUUUUAAGUUGUUACUGGGGUGGAAAUGGUUCAACGGCACUGCACCAUGAUCCCAGCCUCCCGUAUCUGGACCAAUACAGAAUAAAUAGUUUCCAGUUCAGUAGCCUUUUCUGUCUUCUGAGUCCAUGGACGUGGGGUGCCCAUACUCGUGAUUUAGCUCUGAGGACAUUUCGACUCUUGGAUGAAAAUGCAGAUUCUCUCAUUGACUUCAAAGAACUGGUCAGCUGUUUAGAUUUAAUGUACUAUGGUGACUUCAGUGAAAAUCUCAGACUGUUGUACAGACUCCACAUUCCACCAGCUUGCAAUGAGGAUGACACAAGCAGCUUUUCUCCUCUGAGAACUACCUUCAUCUCAAGUAUUCAAUCGGAUUACUUUAGCAAAUCAAAUAGUGAAGCAAUUGAUCACCAAUGCCAAUUGAAACAAAUGCUUGAAGAUUUAGUUAAGACCAAAGAAGUCACAAAAGAUCUUUCUCUGAUGAACCAGAGAGAGUUCAUCCAGUUUUGCAAGUCAAUGUACAGCAUGUUUCGAGAAGAUCCUGAGGAGAACGAUCUUUACCAAGCUAUUGCAACAGUCACUACUCUUCUACUUCAGAUUGGGGAAGUAGGACAAAGAAUACGCAGUUCGAGCAGCUUGACUGAAUUGCCAAGUUGUAAAGAAUCACGUCUUCUAACACCUACAGAUGCUGAUGAUGCUGUGUUCAAAGAGGAUAUACACAUGAAUAAUAACCCACUGUCACAACCUGGAGUAGACAACUGGAAUGUGUCUUUUGAGCAAAUUUUGGCUUCCUUGCUAACUGAGCAAUGCCUUGUGAACUUUUUUGAGAAAUCAGUAGCUAUAAAAAGUAAACUUAUGCAUGCUAAAGCAAAUCAGUACCAACAGAGAAUUAAUCUGACUAUCCACUAGCCCAGUGGAUUUGUUUCAGCGCUGGCAGUUGAAACUUAUGUUUUACUAUAAACUUGUGUUGUCUUGUGUUGGGUGAAAUGUCAGAUUUACUGAUAGUUUGCACUUUUGAAUAAAUUCAUUUUUGUAUGCUUUGUCUGCAUGUGAUUUCAAUUUUAUAGCUGUAUAAUUUGUAAUGUAUUAAACAAUCAAC